GAUGUGCCGAACAAGAUCCCCGAUCUGGUUGGCUGGUUAACAAACAAUACAUUUCAAUCAAAAUUCGAACACAUGUCAACAUAAAUAAACCAAACAAAAAUUUUUAAGUUUAAACAUACAAUAGACUUCGAUUUUAGCGAGUGUGAACUGCAGGUCAGGCUUAGUGUGACUCCUGCCAUAACAUCUGUUUUUAACUUUUCGACACCCUUUCCUCGCCUCCUUCCUCCUCAAUCACCUGUAUAUCAAAGGUCGCCGGUGAAAUAUCCUCAGUGUACUCUCAGCACAGUUCUUGUACUGACACGCUGCACAAGCUAAAAAAUGAAGUCGUAUCUCCCCCUUGGGGUAGUUUUUCUCUUAGCUGCGAGAUGGAUUUCUGGCCAAGAACUGUUGCAAAAUCCAGGUUUUGAAUCCCUGACCGGCUGGGAGUGCUGGGACCCCGUGAACUGCUCUCUGUCGGAUGAGCGCCAUUCAGGCGAGCAUGGUCUUGCGGUGACCAACAGACAGCAGGACUGGCACGGUCCUACACAGUACAUCCAAACAACCCCAGGUCACGUGUAUGAGGUCAGCGGGUACAUUAAGCUGCUGAAUGGUGACGAUCAGAAUGGUGUGAGAGUCGACUUACAACUGGAUAUUGAAUAUACAGAUGGAAGUCAUGACUACAAGUCGGCAGCAUCAAAGUCAAGGGUCAAGCCCUCUGAUGGGUGGAUCCAAGUUUUGGGAGCUUUCACUGCUCCCACCAAAGCCGUAACAAAGAUACGAAUCUACUACCAAGUGUCUGUGGCAUCAGUCAACUACAUCGUGGAUGAUGCCUCGAUGGUGGAGAUUAGUAAUAGACAGAGGAGGGCGAGCUGCUGCGGAACGGAGGGUUCGAGUACAUGGGCGACUGGGAUUGCUGGGACCCUGUCGUCUGCACUCUGGUCAACGACAAGCACUCUGGACAACACUCUUUCCAGAUCACAGCAAGGCAGCAGACCUGGAUGGGUCCCUCCCAGUACGUCAACGUGACGGCCGGUCAUGUUUAUGCCGCCACUGGCUACGUCAAGCUGCUGAACGACAAAGAGGGACAGGUCACGGGUCAAAAGGUCGACAUGGUAGUGGCCUUCACCUUCACGGACAAUUCCAAUGACUACGAAACAGCCGGGUCUCAUUCGGGUGCCAAGGUGGCCGACGGGUGGAUACGUGUGACUGGAAGCGUGAAGGCUCCUACUACCAAACCAAUCAAGUCUGCGAGGUUUUACUUCCAAGGACCCGACCCCUCCAUCAACUUCCUGGUGGACCAGGCUUCCCUCAAGGACCUCGGCGCUCCAGAGACAGCCAUCAUAAACUUCGACAACAGCAUCGAGAAAAUCCGCAAGAGUAACAUCACCCUCAGGCUUUCAACCAGCAGUCACUUCAAUUCUCACGAUGUUACGAUCCAUCUUGUACAGAUGAACAAAUCAUUUCCAUUUGGAACAGCUGUGGCUGCAGGCAAAUACAACGACCCUCAGAUGACCAAGUACCGAGACUUCAUCCAUGGUCACUUUAACUGGGCCGUUCCUGAAAAUGCCCUCAAGUGGUAUUCUAUUGAGCCUAACCAGGGGCACAGAAACUUUAAACCUGCACUUGACCUGAUCCAUGGACUGAGAGCUCACGGACUCAAGGUUCGCGGACAUAACCUGGUGUGGUCUGUGGACCAGUACGUUCAAAACUGGGUUCAGCAGCUGCCGCCAGAUGAGCUGCGCGUCACGGUGAAGGCGCACAUCGAGGACACCAUGAACGUCACCAGAGGACUUCUGGAACACUGGGAUGUCAACAACGAGAACCUUCAUGGUCAGUUUUUCCAAAACCGACUGAACGACACUGACUACAACCUCGAGUUGUUCCGUAUUGCUCGUGCGGCGGACCCCAAGCCGAAGCUCUUCCUCAACGACUACAAUGUGGUGGCUACGGCUACUCUACAGACGUGAGACUACCUUCACCAAGCACUGCAGUUCAAAGCCGCUGAAGUAGGGCUCUAUGGACUUGGAGUACAGUGCCAUUUCGGCGAGAACCAAGAACCAGACGGAUUUCUCAUCAAGCAACGCUUGGACACACUGGCGGAGGCAGGGCUGCCCAUCUGGGCCACGGAGUUGGAUGUCGUGGCAGAAGAUGCCAACAAGCGGGCUGACCUGUACGAGAUCGCACUCAAGGCCUUCUAUGCGCACCCCUCCGUUGAGGGCAUCAUGUUCUGGGGGUUCUGGGAUCAGAGCCACUGGCGGGGAGAGAAAGCCUCGUUGGUAACGGGCUCAAAUCUGGAGCCGAAUGCGGCCGGUCAACGUGUCCUUGACCUGUUUGAACGCCAGUGGAUGACAGACAAACUUGUGGCCUUCAACACCACGAACCACGUGACUGUUCGCGGUUUCCAAGGAGACUACCAGCUUCACGUGCUUUAUAAAGGUGAGGAACUGAAGAACCUGACGCAGAGCUUCACGCUGGGGAAGUCCGCUCACACCAUCAACAUCAACGUUCAUUAGAAGCGCCCACUUGCAUUUUUACCUACUUUUGUUUUUAUAAAUAAUUUGUAUCUUGUACCUACUUGUACCUUCUGAAAACGGAAUAAAGAUAUUCUUGCCGGAUGCA